AUGGCUCUUAUCCCUGCUUCUCGUGAAGCCGUGACUAUUGGCAAAGUCAUACAUGCCACCGGAUAUCGAAAUCUCCCACCAGAUGAGCUAGUUGAUCUCGCGAUUGAGAGUCAAGUUGCCCGUAUAGUCAAACGCUCUCUCGUUGGGGGUGAUGAAUCAUUCUUCAUUGCCGAUCUGGGUCAGGUAAUUCGACAGCAUCGCCGUUGGACCCAGAAUAUGUCGGGAAUACGACCGUAUUAUGCGGUUAAAUGCAAUUGCGACCCAACCUUCCUCAAAGUUCUUGCAGAACUGGGGACAGGAUUUGACUGCGCAUCCAUCGAAGAGAUGCGCGCAGUCCUCAGCCUCGGCGUGGAUCCAGCCCGGAUCCUAUUUGCCAAUCCAUGCAAAGCACCCGCCGCCAUAGCUUUUGCACGCCAGGUUGGAGUAUUUCGAACAACAUUUGACAACAUUGACGAAUUGGAUACCAUCAAAGCACACAUGCCAGAAGCUCAGCUGUUACUUCGUAUCUAUGCAAAUGAUGAGGGUGCUUUCAUUUGUCUGGGUGAAAAAUUUGGCGCGCAGUUGGAUACGACUGAGGAGCUUCUUUCAAGAGCUUGGGAAAUUGGACUGAAUGUGAUUGGGGUUAGCUUUCAUGUUGGGACGGGUGCUACCAAUCCAGCCUCAUUUUGCAAGGGCAUCAAAGAUGCACGUCUGGCGUUUUCACAAGCCGAACGUCUAGGUUUCCAUCCCAAAAUUCUCGAUAUCGGUGGUGGCUUUCAAGACGAUUGUUUCGAGUCAAUGGCCCCUAUUAUUCGAGAAGCGAUUCGCUCGGAGUUUCCAGUUGGUAUCACAGCGAUUGCAGAACCAGGUCGUUUUUUUGCUCGUAGCGUGUAUACUCUUGUAUGUCGAGUGAUUUCACGUCGUCGUCAGCUUGGGAGUGCUGCUCUAUCUGGUGUUCCAGAUAUGCUUUAUCAAAAUGAUGGCAUAUACGGAAAUUUCAUGAAUGUGAUUAUGGAGAAAGAGAUCAUGGUUCCUUAUUUGGUCAAGAGUAAGAAUGCUAGGGGUUACUUGCAGAAAUCAAAACCAGGGGAUGCUUUGCAAGUAAAAGCUCAUCGGUACUCAAUCUGGGGACCUACAUGUGACAGUACCGAUUGUGUUGUGCGCGAAGUGACCCUCGAUUCGGAAGUCAAGGUUGGAGAUUGGCUCAAAUACAAAAACAUGGGAGCAUAUACGAGUACCACUGCUACUCAGUUCAACGGUUUCAGCAACACCUAUGAUACGCUUUAUGUCAAUAGUGAAACGUUGCCCGAAUAUUAG